GCAUUGCAUGGCCCUGCAGAGCAGACCCGUGUUCUCUUCCCUCAACCAAGAGAACCCAAAGAAGUUUUCCUCUCUAAAAUAAAAUCUCACUCUAUCCAUGGCGUAUAUUGAAAUGAUGUCUUCCUUGUCGAUUGGCGGUGAUUCUCAUCAUGAUUUUCGCUCGCUUCUCUCUUCCUUAGAGAUAGAUUUCCUCAUCCGCAACAACGGCGAUCAGAUAGAAGCUUGAAUCAGUUCAUCAAGUUAGCUUCUCCGAAGGGAAUGGGAUUGUUGAGUUUUGAGACUGAUAAUAAGCUUAGUAUUGGAAUAUUACUAUUCUUAUUUGAUUCUAAGAAUUUUCUCUAAUUUGCUUUUUUUCAAUCACUGGGCCUGCAUGAUGGCUGAUGGUAAGAUAUAAGGAAAAAGGAAAAAGAGCUGUCCAUCCUUAGCUUUUUAGUGAAAAUAUGGCUAACAUAACAUCAAAGGAACCUUGUAGUUUUAUCCAAAAUAAAUUCAUUUUAAUUUAAGCUAUAACAAGUAUAUCCAGAUCCAGGCAUCAUGUUGUAGCCUUUGGAAAGGGAUUUAGAGGCUUUGGGUUGUGGUUUGGAUACAGAGAUAGAGUAGAAGUGAGUUACAUGAAAUAGGUUAGGGGAUGGAAGGGAGGGGUUGUGGAAAAGGGUGGUGAAAGAGAAAUUUUACGAGGGUAAGCAAGAGGUGGGUAUUUUAGAUGUGGAGAACUUAAGGGUGUCACAGAUUUGGGGAGACAUCAUUCGACUUGGUGGGAAGUCAGAGAAGUUAAAAAAUAUGUUACGUCAUGGGUUUCGAUGGGAGGUGGGGGAUGGUUGUCGGGUGUGUUUUUGGAGAGAUAUUUGGGUGGGGAAUAAAUCUCUUCGAGAUCUAUUUCCAAGGCUUUUUCAAUUAGCGAUCAAUAAGGAUGGCACGGUAAGGGAUAAUGGAAUCUGGGAAGGGGAAAGUUGGAAGUGGGGUAUAGAGUGGAGAAGAGAGAGGAUGGGUCGCGAAAAAGAUGAGGAGCAAGGGUUGGGGGUGGUGUUGGCGAAUAUAAAGUUAAGAAAGGGUCUGGUAGAUUUAUGGCAGUGGAAGUAUGUUGCAGAAGGGAGGUAUGUUGUAAAGACAGCUUAUGAAUUUUUAGCUCCUGAGGAAUGCUUGCUUGAGGGACAUUUAUGCAAAUUGGUAUGGUGUAAGUGGGUGCCUUCUAAAGUGGGGUUUUUUGGGUGGAGGUUGUGCCUGGAUAGACUUCCAACAAGGUGGAACUUGCGGAAGAGGGGGGUGGUUUUACAAGGGGAUGGUAUGGUGUGUGGGCUUUGUAAAGAGGGUGUGGAAGAUGUUAAUCACUUGUUUUGUACAUGUCAAGCGGCCUGGUUAGUAUGGGUUAAGGUGAUUAAGUGGUGGGGGUUGGAGGUGGUAAUGCCGGACACAGUGAGGGGUGUGGUGGAUGUUCUCUUGUGGUGUUUAGGCAGUGUGGGGGGUAAGGAGAUGGGAGCAUGCAUUUUUUUGGGAAUGUGCAAAGGAGCUGAAGCGAUACAAGAGAUCUCUCAAGCUGUUCUCCAAGCAGCAGCAACGACAUUUUCCCACUUAGCUUCCUUUGGCCGUUUGGUCUACUAUUCGGGCAAGCUGGAAGAAUUCUUCUCAGAGAUGCCGUGGCUUGCAAUUCCCUUUCCCUAUUUGGAAGAAACACUUGAUGAAUUGAACGAUUUUUUCCAAGUGAGAAAUGUACCCCGUCUUGUGAUAUUGGAUGAACAUGGAAAGGUUGUGACCGAUGAUGGAGUUAGCCUCAUAAAAAAGUACGGAGCGGAUGGGUACCCAUUUUCUGCUGAAAGUUUUGUCCUUUUGAGUUCUUCAGUAACUUAUGAUUCCUUUGCUAAUCUAUGCUUUCUUCUUGAUUUUAAUAUACAAGAGGUUUACAAGAAAUUGGAAGAAAAAGGGGAAACUUUUGAGAUUGUACUGAUAUCUCUUGAUGAUGAAGAAAAGUCAUUCAAGGAAAGCUUUGGAGGCAUGCCUUGGUUAGCAUUACCUUUUAAAGACAAAAGCUGUGAGAAGUUGGCGCGGUACUUUGAGCUCUCAACCAUUCCAACUGUUGUUAUCAUUGGACCUGAUGGGAAAACUCUCCAGUCCAAUAUGCCAGUGUCUGAUUUAGUGGGGAAGAACAUUCUCUUGUACUUUUCAGGACAUCAUUGCCUUCAAUGCCAUCGUUUCCUGCCAAAACUAAUUGAAUCAUACCACGAGAUCAAGGCAAAGCAUGAACCAUUGGAAGUGGAAAUCAUCAUUGAGUCGCAGAUUCAAGGUCAUUGGCAUACCUAUGCUUGUUGCCAUUGGGUCAAGUGGCCGAACUGUUACACAAGAAGCAAGGAUCUCAUCAAAAUGCACAGAGCUAAAGCUUAUCCCUUCACUGAGGAGCGUUUAAAGGAGAUUGAAGCAGAGUAUGAGAAAAUGGCAAAGGAAUGGCCUGAGAAAGUCAAGUAUCAUUGGGAUGAUAAGCUUGAGCUCACUCUUAGUCGUAUGAUGGAUUAUGAAUGCGAUCAAUGUAAUGAACAUGGACGGGUCUGGGCAUUUAGGUGUAAAGAGAGUGACAUUAAUCUCCAUCCCAAGUGUGCUCUAGAGGAAGUAAAUCUAACUGAAAGUGAGGAUGAAGAAACUGAAGGUGAAUCAAUGGAUGAAGAAAGUCCAACUGAAAGUGAAUCAAUGGAUGAAGAAAGUCCAACUGAAGGUGAAUCAAUGGAUGAAGAAAGUCCAAAUGAAGGAUGGGUGUGUGGUGGGAACAUGUCCACUGGGUUUUGUUGUUCUUCCUCAUUGUCCCGUGGACGUCAAACUUCUGUGUAUUUUGGAUAUCCGAUUUGAAUUGGCAAAACCACAAGUCAAGCCCCUGAACUAACCCCAGAAUUGCUAUUAAGCCCCUAGUAAUGGAUGCAUAUAAGCCCUUUAAUGGAUGCAAUUACGCCCUUCUUCUUACGCCA